GUCCAACUCCUCCACAGAUAAUCGUUCAUCUCGCGGUUCUCUAUCAUGCCAAAAUUAUAUUGUGAAUAUUUUAUUUACUUCAGAUGCCGUAUUAUUGUGCAGUAAAAGGAUGUGGAAACAAGGUUCUCAUAACGAAAAAUAACCCGGACAUUGUUUACCACACUUUUCUCCGAGAUGGAGAUAAAAAUCAAGGUAUAUGCUCACGUCAUUUCCAUAGCAGCAGCUACGAUGACCGACAUCAAAUGCGCCAUGAACUUAAUGGGCUGUGUGGUAUACGUUGCAAAUCGUGAAUAUUGUCACCGGAUUAAGGGCAUUGUAGUGAUGUAGAACGUUGAACUUUUGACUAGUCUGAAAUCGAUCCACCGCCGCAGCAAUAAUAAUUUCUCACCGUGCAAUUUUUCGAAAUGACUAGUAUACUCAUCGGCAGUGCGGAAAUACUCUCAGCAUACAAAGCAGCAGCGCAAAGAGGGGUCCAAAUUGUGUUUCAGCAUACGUUCCACCGCAGUCACAUAACGAAUUUCCGAUAGAAGUCGAUUCGCCACUACCAUCUCUUUAAUUUCCUUCAAAACUUUGUCGUUUUGUAAAAUUGCAUCCAGCAUACGCUGGAAUUUGUUUUGCUUUUCGGAAGUCAACUCUGAAAAAUCAACAAAUAUAAUCAUUCUUGAGCGGAAUAAAUAUAUCAAACCGACCCACCAGCGUGAUUGUUCUGUUCGUGCUGCUCCAGCAGGUUUCGCAACCGCUCCAUGUUGAAUUUAAAAUGAUUUGGUCGAUUACCAUUGGUAUGCUGUUGGAUUGGUUCAUUACGUGUUAUCAAAUCGUGGUUCAUCAGCACCCAACCCAACUCGUCCAGUUUGACACGAGUGUUGCGGCGCAGUUUUAUCUCUUCGAAAAGUUUCUCGCGUAGUUUCCGUUUGAUGAUGCCUCCGUCCUUGAUCAGAUUGUGCCGAUAAAUUAGUACCACGUACGAUUCUAUUUCAUGCUUUUUCCCUGAUGAUAAAACAAAAAAAAAUAACACUUUUUUUUAAAUGCUCAAUCAAACCACGUACGAAUAAAACGCUGCUUGCUUGGAAAGAAAAGCAUUGAUUGCGCGGCUAGAAGGUAAAAUAUACUCAAAACAUCCUUCUGCACUGUUUUUAAUUCGACCGCUGAUUGUAGAUAUCUGAAAAAGUAGAAGCAAUUAUGAGAAAUUGUUAUACGAAAAAAUCCAGAAAAUUACCUGCCUACAGUAAAGCGCGAGCAACUAUUUUGCCAACGAAUGCAUUUGUCACCAAAAGAUAUGAUUUGUUAUGUAAACAAAUUUGUUUUUUCACGAGCAAUGUCCGAACAGCAAUUUUGACAUUGCGGUCCACCUAUAGUAUAACGCCUUGGUUAUACCGAUUAUGUGGAUCACAACCUAACUGAUAACAAAAGUAAAUAAACACUUUUUUGGAUUUGAUUUUUUAGAGGCAGUAUAAACGAUGAAAAAGUUUUCGAAAAUUUGUUGUGUAUAGGAGUUUGAAUACAUUUAUUUCAAUACAGGAUUCACAAACAAUUCAAGAAGGAACUUAUCGAAAUACAGUCGGUUCAUGAUCGUUACAGCACAUUUGGCUUAGAAGAAAAAAUAUCAAAAUAUAUUAUCGGUGUUUAAGGUAUCUGCCAAGAUGGGCAAUUGUCGGAUUUGUUUGGAGGAUUUUUACUUGCUGCGGAAAGAUUUUAAUAUCAAUAGUAUGAAGGAGAAAAUUCAGGCAAUUUUCUCGUUCGAGAUAACUCCUCAUCAAACUCUACCGUACUUCAUCUGUCCGGAAUACGAGCAAAUGGUCACACAAAUUCAUGGAUAUAUAAACAAGGUGCACCAAAACCAGGUACGAUUAUAUAGCCAGAUAGAAUCAGAGGGAACGCCUAAUCUAAACCAUGAUGUGAUCAACGGGAGCAUCGAUGAUGAAGCAAAUAAAGAUCAGUUUGAGAUUUUGAUCGAAGAUGAAAUAAAAAUCGAACCAACGGAAGUAAAUUUUAAUGAUUUUUUUGGAUCACCUGAACACAUGGACACAGAAGAACCUGACGAAACACCACUAAACACUGGCAGUGGUGCAAACAGUGGAACAAUUCCAACGCUAGCGGAAUUGAAAAGAAGAGAAGCGUUUGCAACGAUCCUGGAAGAUUUCGAAUCUGAUUUAGAGGGCUAUGAGCCACUUCCGGAUGUAGAGUUAGCGGUGAAAGGUGAUCCCAAAGAACUACAGAAACUUUACAAGACCAUCUCGUCCAGAAAUAUAUCAACCUGGAUUGCGAAUUAUGUGGGAAAAAGAUUGAGCAGUUGAGCGAGCAUCGGAGCCAUUUCAGCCAGAAUCAUGGUAGCGGGAAGCAAUAUUUUGUUACGUGCUGCGAGGAGCGAUUUUCAAAUCGUAACAGAGUGAUUCGACAUUUAAACGAACAUCGGAAGGGUGCUCCAGAAGAAGUCCAUAGAUCAGUAGCUAAACGUAUCCGAUCAACGUAUGAUCCACUUAUGAAAGAUUUCAGCGAGGAACUGAUUGAGGGAGGAUUUACGCCACCACACAUAUUCCCAAAGUGAUUUCCAUAAGAGAUUUGGCAGGAGAUGUGCUCAAGAAUCUGCAGGAUAUGCAAGACUAUCUGAUCGGUAAACAUUGCUCACUGAGUUGUGAACCGUGCGGGGUUGUAAUAAAUGAUUACCAAAGCAGACGUGAACACUUUAGUUCGAAUCAUCGAAAGGAACGCUUCUACAUGAUGUGUUGUGGGAAGAAAAUGUAUACCAGAUUCAGAAUCAUCUUGCACUUGAUGCGACAUCGAGACGGACUUCCAACCACUGGUUUGGAAGCGAUGCGAUGCAUUCAGAAAGAUUUACACGAAAAGUAUGCAAACGAUGAUGCGAUUAUCGAAAACUAUUUCAAGAUGGACUGCGCAAUGUGCGAUUACAAGGGUAUCUCCUAUUUGGAGCUACGAUCGCACUUUCGUACAAAUCACAUGAAAGAGAAAUUUUAUAUUUUGUGUUGUAACAGACGUUUGAGAGAAAAACAUCAAAUUGUGGACCAUAUUGCCACCUAGGUAGUGCGGACUGAAUCAAAACGGCUGUCAAAAAAGAUCCAAUUGAAAUGUCAAAAGAGAUCCAACGAUCAGGAGUGUUAUUUUUCUUAUGAUAAUCAACACUAUAAAAGAGGUAUUGUUGUCAAGGGCAAAAAUAAGUAAAAUUAUAAAAUGAACGAACUACAUUUUUCCGUCAAUUGUUUAAUUAACCAUUGCAUCUCUAAAAGACCAUCUCAGCCUUUCACUGAGCAACGCAUUUUUAAUGUCCCCUCUCUUUGUCAUAACGUUUUUCCGAACGUAAUAAAAACAAACAAAGUCAGAGUCACGUAAAUGUUUACUCCUGCGAUUUGGAAAUAUUCGAUAAAAAGUGGAAGGAAGAGCUGCCAGAUGAUUUUUUAAAAAAGUCUGUAAAAACAUGUGAAUGUCUGUUAAAAAUGUGGAAAAGUCUGUAAAAGUGUGCAGAUCUAUAGAAUGUGUAACGUUAAUUUUCACUUAUUCAUUAAUACUUUGUACAUCACGAUGCACGUAAGAUUGUAUUCUGUAUAUAUAUAUACAGCCAUUCCAUGCCAAACUAAUAUAGUGGUUCUCAGCUCUUCGUCAAAAGUGGUAAUUUUGUUCUUUAUCGCAAAACAUUAAACUCGUAUUUUUUUAAUUUGUCAUUAGGGUGCCCAUUUCCAUUUUAGGGUGAUCCCAAAAAUCAUUUUUUCCACUUUUUCCCAAAAUGACUUUUUUCAAAAAUUUAUAACUUUCGAACCACUCAACCGAUUUAGAUGAUCGACAUAUCAAAUUUAAGCCAAUGAGCUUUAAUUGAGAAAUAUUUAACUUGCAUAUAAUAUGGAUCCUAUUUUUAAUAUGGAUUGAAAGCUGAGAACUUUUGCAUAAAAUAUCUCGAUAUCAGAGAUGCUAUUUUUUUCGUUUUUGAAAUAUGAUUUUGCAAAACUAAUCGAUGGUUCGAAAAACAAUUUUUCCCCAUUUUUCCCACUACAAAAAGUCAUAACUUUCGAACUAUUGGACCGAUUCAUAUCAUCGACAUAUCAAAUUGAAGCUUACGAGAUAUAUUUUUAAAAAAAAUAUUACUUUUGCGAAAAAAUUGAAUUUUGUUUUUGUAAUUAUGGAUUGAGUUAGUUUUUCAUAGUUUUCUCGGUUAAAGAUAGGAGCGCUAUAUUUUUUUAUAUUUUUUAUGGAAAGCUGAGGAGUAUUUACUUCACAUAUCUCGAUAUCAGAGAUGCUAUAAUUAUCGUUUUUAAGUUAGAAUUUUGUAAAUUUAACAUGUUUUAAGUCUUCGAUCAAUAUUCAUAUGUGACUAAACUAGACCUAUGCUACUAGAAUCCAAUCUUCCCGCAAGUGUGAGUUUUGCUUAUUGGCUUCAAUUUAAUAUAUCGAUCAUCUAAAUCGGUUCAGUAGUUCAAAUGUUAUGAUUUUUUGCAGAAAGUUAUUUUUGGACAAAUGGGGAAAAAUGAUUUUUUUUAAAAUCAUAUCUAAAAAACGAAAAAAUAGCAACCCUGAUAUCGAGAUAUGUUGUGUAAAAAAUCCUCAGCUUUCAAGAAAAAAUAUAAAAAUAUAUAGCGCCCUCUAGUCCAAAGUCAUAAAGAAAAUAAAAAACGACUACAAUCAAUAAUUACUAAAAUAUAAUUAUGUAUUUCGCAAGUUAAAUAUUUUUUAAUAAAAGGCUAGGUCAAUUUUAUAUGUCGAUCAUCUAAAUCGAUUCAGUGAUUCAAAUGUUAUUAAUUUUCAUUUGUCAUUUUUGGGAAAAAGUGGAAAAAAAUGAUUUUUUGGACCACUUAAUAACUUAUGUGCUGUAAGUGUGUUUAAAUGUUUCAACGAUCUACACAUACAUACAUACACAUACAUACACAAACAUACGCGUUGUUAAUUUUUAUUAAACACAGUAUUUCUCCGUUGAUACCAAGGCUUGCGGUCUUGUCGUUUUUAUUUUAAAAAAAAUGCAGUGUAUAUUUUCCAUCCGCCAUGCAAGGCUAUACAAGUUUUAGACCACCACACGGCCAUGAACCAUGUCUGUCGUAACAAUAUCGAACAGUAACCCAUAUUUCGUCAUAAGCAGACCCGAAAGCAAAUGUAAGUUGUUGAAAAUAGAAUGAAAAUUUUUAUUCGAUGUUGUUUAAAUACAUAGGUUGCAUAGUCCUGACCCUAACUUAACUAUUUUUCAAUAAAUCUCCUUGCAUUUCAGCAAAACAAUCUUGUCUAGAACAGAAAAUAAUUAUCAGAGACAAUUUUCGUUCAAGAUUUUUCCUUACCUGCAGAGAAUGCAAUUCUCGCGUAACUUUUGAAAAGGUCCUAUGUAACAAAUGUAAACAAAUCGAGUUAAUGGAUGCACGCUAUUAGUUUUCAAUCAUUGAAUGUAUUACAAAAACAAUCGUUCACGUAUCUAUCUUCUUCAUCUUUUUGUCGCCGAUACAAAAAAUAUCCAAUGUACAGAUUCGAAUUUUAAGCACCCGGCACCCCUGUUACUUCGGACGCCACUUUCCUCCGACGGCCGAAACGUCCGAAGUAACAAAGCAGUCAAAACAACUCGCAGUCGUACUUCGGUCGUUUUGGAAUUUGUUUCUUACAGGUGUUGUUAUCGAUUUCAGUGCAAUUCAACGAGUGAUAACAAUAGUAAUCAGUCUUUAGAACGAAAUGCUGAUAUUUGGAUUGUUGUUUAUUAGCAAAAGUACUUAUGUGUAUGAGUUCCAAACAUCAUACACACCAGAUGGGCCAACAAGAAGGACUGCCGGGCCGCAGGUUGAGUAUCGCUGGUCUAACGUCAUGUGUAUUGAUAUAUACUAAAUAUAAUAACUUUUCUGUAUUAAAACUAUGGAAAAAUGUCAUAUGGUGAGUCAAAUAUUUUUGAUGUGAUGAAUGUUUUACAGAUAUGUCUGUAAAUUUACAAACAUAUUUGUAAAUCUGGCAUCUCUGGUGGUCUGAGAAUUUAUUGCAAGAAAUCGCUUGAAAACAUGCAAGAAUUUGCUUGAGAAUGAAGUGGAUUGAGUCCGCACCACUUAGGUUUGGACUAAUGGCGAAACGCAGCAAGAACUAGAUAGUGAAGAGAUUUCCUUAAGUAUAAAACGGGUGCAACAAUCAACGUUUUUACAUACAGAAUUUGAGGACUGUGUCGGAAUUAUCUCUUCCCUCACAGUCAAUAAAUAUUCAUGAAUUACAACGAGAAUACAAUCACUUAUAAGAUAUAACUCUCGAAGGAUAUGAAAAUGCUAUGCCAAAAAUACUGUUAGGUUUACCGCAUUCGUUUUUGAUAAGCGGUAGGGAGACGCGAUCAGGUAAAUUUAAUGAACCAGUCGCACAGAACACUAAACUCGGAUGGGUUUUGUUCGGGCAAACUAACGAACAUAAAAAAUUGAAAGGACACGUGCUGAUGAACAACGAAACUGAUUCAUCAGAUUAUUUCAAUAAAAUGAUGGAAAAUUAUUUUAGCCUAGAAGAUUUCGGGAUAAAAGCACAUGUAAAAAGUUUGAUGUCUAACGAUGAAAAAAGAUCGAUUGAUAUCAUGAAUUCCACUUUGAAAUAUCAAGAAGGAAUUUAUGAAAUUGGGCUGCUUUGGAAACAGGAUGAUGUACAAUUUCCGAACAGCUAUCAAUCAGCCAUGAACAGAUUAUGUGGACAAGAAGCAAGGAUGCGUAAAAAUCAAAAGCUACGAAAAUGGUAUGUUGAGAAAAUAAAGGAAUAUGAAACCAAGGGAUACGCUAGAAAACUCACUCCCACAGAACAACAGCAACGUGAUCCAAAAAUAUUUUACUUGCCACACUUUACAGUUGUGAACCUAAAUAAACAGCCCAUAAAACCACGGCUUGUUUUUGAUGCCGCCGCUAAGGUUAAGGGAGAAUCUCUAAACACAAAAUUGUUAUCAGGCCCAGACGCAACGACGUCGCUAUUUGGAGUGUUAAUACGAUUUAGAGAAGGAAAAUUUGCGAUAACUGGAGACAUAAAGGAAAUGUUUCAUCAAGUAAAAAUAAGGAAAGAGGAUCAAAAUGCCCAAAGGUUUUUAUUUAGGGAAAAUUUUGACGAAGAUCCCGAUGUGUAUGUGAUGCAAGUGAUGACGUUUGGAGCUACCUGCUCACCCGCAUGUGCACAGUUUGUUAAAAACACAAAUGCGGAGAAAUUCAAAGAAAGUCAGGCGGUAAAGGCCAUACAAAACAACCAUUACGUGGAUGACUACCUAGAUAGUUUCGACGAUUUAAGUGAGGCCUCCAAAAUUGUGAACGAAGUUAUUACCAUUCACAAAUAUGGGCACUUCAAUAUCAGAAAUUUUAUAUCUAACAGUAAUGAGCUCUUGGGACAAAUCCCGGAAGAAAAUAGAACGGAAGUUAAAGAAGACUUAUUAGGAAAUUCUAAGGAAUCAUAUGAAAAAGUACUCGGAGUGUAUUGGGAUACAAAAAAGGAUUGUAUUCACUACAAGGUGGAUAUUCCUGUUACACAGGAGUUUACGAAACGAAAACUGCUUUCACAAAGCAUGAGUGUUUACGAUCCACUUGGUUUAUUAUCACAUAUAACAAUUCAAUCUCGAAUUCUAAUGCAAGAGCUCUGGAAAAGCGGAAUAACAUGGGAUGAACAAUUAAACCCAGCACUAAAGAAAAAUUGGGAGAACUGGCACGCAAAACUGGAAGAGGCAAGAGCAAUAAGAAUACCACGUUCAUAUGCCAAUUCUUCUCAUCCAAAAGAACGAGAACUACAUGUCUUCGUUGAUGCAUCCGAGAAUGCUUAUGCAGCAGCAGUAUACUUAAGGAGUGUAUAUGAGUCACACAUUGAUGUCAAUUUCAUGGCUGCAAAGGCAAGAGUCGCACCAACUAAAAUUCUUUCCAUACCACGACUCGAAUUACAAGCCGCUGUAUUAGGAAGCAGAUUGGCUAAGACAGUAAAAGACGAGCUACGUCUAUCAAUAGAUAGAGUAGUAUUUUGGUCGGAUUCCAAAACUGUAUUAGCAUGGAUUCGUUCAGAACCACGCAAGUACAAGCAGUUUGUUGCCUUACGGAUAGGAGAAAUAUUAGAAACCACAUACGUAAACCAGUGGAAAUGGGUGAAUAGUAGGAAUAAUCCAGCGGAUGAAGCUACGAAAUUAUCAAAUAACAAUUCAAUCUGGUUUACAGGCCCACAGUUCUUAUAUGAUAAUGAAGAAAACUGGCCAAAUGAAGUUCAGAGAAGCGACACUGACGAAGAACUGAGACCACUGCACAUUAUUAAAUCGAAAGAAUUUAGUGGUCUGAAAAGCAUUCACAUAAAUUGGUGUUCGGAUUUUGUGAGAUUGAAGCGUUCUGUUGCAAUUACAUUCAAAUAUAUCGAUUGGCUGAAAUCAAAAUGCAGGAACCAAAGCUUCAAUAAAAAUAUUGACAAGGAGGACCUGGAUUAUGCUGAGCUCGUUUUAAUGCAUAAGGCUCAAUGGGAGUCAUAUUCCAAAGAAAUGGAACUCUUACAAAAUAAAAUGAAAAUUCAUAAGGGAAGUGAAAUUCGAACACUUAGCCCGGAAAUUUGCACGGAUGGAAUAAUGAGAUCAAAGGGACGCAUUGAGAAUGCUAACUGUUUACCAACUUCAGCCAGAACACCUAUCAUUCUGUCCUACAAACAUUAUGUGAGCACUUUGAUAUUACGUCAUUAUCACGAAAAAUAUCGACAUGAAAACAUGGAGACUGCCAUAGCGGCAGUGCGACAAAAAUUCUGGAUAACAAACGUCAGAGUUGCUAUUAAGACUGUUAGAAGGAAUUGCCAAUUUUGUAAAAAUAUGUCUGCGGAGCCAAUUCCUCCAAUGAUGGCAGCCCUACCACCUUCUAGAACUAUACCAUAUUGUAAGCCAUUCACGUAUACAGGCGCAGAUUAUAGGGCUCUUGCUACACAUACAUGCAGAGCAUGUGUUGGGCACACAAACGUUUGUUGACAUUCGUAGUUUCUAUGCAGCAGCAGUGGAGUGAGAUUUGAAAAAUUAAAUUGGAGAGCUAAAAAUAUUUUUUUUGUAAAACAUAUCCCUACAUUUGAUAAAUAAUAACCAGUAAGUACAUUCUGAAAUAUCUGCCAACGACAGACAUUUGAAAUAAUAUGAUUUCAUUGCAUUAAUUAGUGCCUAGGACGUGUGCAGUUUUUGGGUGCAACAAACGCGGCGAUCGUGACGGGGAAAAAUGGUUCCGCUUCCCCGCGGUGGAUAAGCGUAGCGCCAAGAGAAAAGAGUUGUCCGAAAAGCGCCAAAUUGCAUGGACAAAUGCAUUGAAGCGGAUUGAUUUGGUGCCAGAAAAAUGGCCAUCAACGGUGGUUUGCUCGCAGCAUUUCCUUUCAGGUAAAAAUGAAAAUUUGUUCUCAUUAAACUUGUCAUAACGUUUUUUUCUUCAUUCAGGUCAAAGUGCUGAUCUUUUAGAUGAAAUGAAUCCUGAUUGGGUACCGAACCAGAAAUUAGGUUACAAAAAUCGGAUGACAUCUGCUGCUAAGGACAGAUUUGAGUGUUUGACUAGGCGGAGUGAAGUAAAGGAGGCUAUCCGAAAGACGUUGGAAACGAUUCCGGAGGAAGAUUUGCUGACGGCUCCAGGUCCGGUGGACAGAGAAACAGUGCUCGAAGAAGAAAUAAAAAAAUUGCAAUGUGAAAUAGAAAUUAUGAGAGAAAAGCACCACCCAUUUCUAUGCACUAGUUUCGAAGAUUUUAGUCAGAAUGAUGACAAAUGUAAAUAUUUUACAGGACUAAACUACAAUGUUUUUAAGUUUUUAUUUGGGUUUUUAGAACCUUAUUUCCCACAACCGACUGGUUCGUGUAAGAUAACGAAAUUUCAAAUUUUUAUUUUUACUUUAGCUAAGCUUAGGCUAGAUUUAGAUCUGACAUUAAUUGCGUACAUGAGUGGAGUUCACGUUAGUACUGUCUCUAGAUAUUUUCGUAAAUGUAUAUACGUCAUGUUUCAACGAAUGAAAGGGCUUGUCAGUUGGCCGUCUCGUGAAUCGGUACAAAAUUCGAUGCCAGAGUGUUUCAAGCGACAUUUCGGUAAUAAGGUCUCAGUCGUUAUAGAUUGCUUCGAGGUGCUCACUGAGAAGCCCAGUGACGUUUUACAAGCUGCUCAAAUGUGGUCUAAUUAUAAACAUUCACAUACUGUUAAAUACCUAAUCGGAAUCGCUCCUAAUGGAUCCAUUAUAUUCAUAUCAAAUGGAUUUGGUGGCCGAGCAAGUGAUAAAUUUAUCACUGAAAAAUCCGGUAUGUUAAGUAGAAUGCAAAAAGGAGAUUAUAUCAUGGCAGAUAGGGGAUUCCUAAUAAGAAAUCACGUUGAAAGUGCUGGAGUUGAAUUACUGUUACCUGCUUUUACUGUUGGUCAAGAUCAGUUGCACCCUCUUGAUAUUGAAAACACACGGAAAUUAGCAAAUGUUAGGAUUCAUGUAGAGCGAGUGAUUGCGCAGGUUCGGAAUAAGUAUAAGAUACUAUACAAGAACAAGUUUCCAAUAAGCACUCUGAAGAAUACUUCAAACUUUUGUGAAACUUCACUAGUGGAUCAAAUUGUGACAAAUUGUUGUUGUCUAGUUAACCUUUGCCCCUCUGUAGUCCCUGAAGAUUAAUCAUUGUACCGAAAUAAAUUACUACAUUUUAUUGAAUUUUUAUAUACAUUUAUUUGAGUUUAAUACAUACAUAAUACAUUGGCAGUCAAAAUAUUAUUUCGUAAUUUCCCUUUUUUCACAAUCUAUCUUUAAAAUACCCUCCUGUAUAGUAUUGGCCUAAAAGUUCAGGCAUAAUAACCAAUCUGAAGAAACUUUCGGCUUUUAUCAACUCUUUCUUCAAAAAUGUGUCGUCUCGGUCCACUCGCAGUAUGACCAAUUCCUUGUUUGUCCAAACAACAAAGUCGCAAAACUUAACAUUAAGUAUAUACAUCUGCAUUUGCACUUGAUAGAAGUACUGAUGAUUGUGGUUCAUUUUAUAUCCUGUUUCCGUAAUUUGAAUAGGACUAUCUGGCCUAGUCACAUAUUCUUUUAUUGUUUUACCGUCUCGCAGGCAAUGAGGGCACUUGAUUUCCACAGAAACCUCUCCACAACAAUCACAAACGGCGAUUGCAUCCGGUGAUGCUCCGAAAAAUGGUUUUUUCUCAACUAAGUGUAGACCAGAAGAAGAAUAAUGGAAAUUUAAAUGUUCAGCUGCCAUUUUUGAACCAUAUGUCUUUAACGCAUCCUUCUCAUGGGUACAUCCAUAUCUCGUCGCAGGUGUUGAAAAACGAUAAUCUUCGGGAUAGCAAAUUUUUCUAAUUAGGUGCAUUGAAGGAUUAUCAAUCGGCGUUCUUGUGGUUGCUUUAAAUGUAGAUGCAGUUAUUUUUCCAACGCGAAAUUUUUCCCAGAACCAACUUGAACUUUGUGAAACUCGUGCUAUUUUACGAACAAGGGGUCUUGUAUAACGCAUAUUCCUCAAUUUACUAUUCCCUAUUUCGCGAAGCUCGUUGAGCGACUUUCCUCUUAAAUUUGGAUCAAAAAAUUGGCAGAAAAGGAUUUUUAACAUAUUCGGAUAAAGAUCAAUGUCACAAAGGCUCGAGUUCACAUUCGAAUGCUUUCUUGUAUUUUCCAUAAAUUGGCCAACUGAUGGAUUUUCUCCGUUAUCGAUCAAUUUACGUAUAAAUACAUUCAACUCUUUCGCAGGGCAUUCGGGUAUCUGGAAAUCAUAUCUGGAAACUGGUUGAUCUUUCUGGCUGAAUAUGUCUUUAAUUUCGCCACAAUUAACCGCUUUUUUCGGUGGAACCAACCACCGAUUAAGUAUAUCUGUACACGAAGGUUCAUUUUCAUUUACUUCUUUACGGGACCAGCACUCGAGAGCAAAAAGCACAGAGCCUACAUGAGAACACACUUCACCUAAUCCUGCCAUACAAUUGCAAUGUGCAGUUUGAACUGUUCCUGUGGGAUCUACCGACACCCAGGUAGAUGUAGGCUUUAGGUUAAAUUUUUGGGAAUGCUUCACCUGCAACAUCGUAUAGUGAGUAAUUUUCUUUACUGAGAAUAUACAAAACUUACCUGAGCAAACACAAUACAAAAACCAGAAUCGACGUAUCUGGAACCUAAAAAUUGUACCCAUCCCGCCUUGAAAUUUUUGUAUGCGUCCAAGCUCUUGAAGGCCUUAAAGCAUUUCCGGGUAUACGGACUUUCGCGAUUUACAAGAUAUUCCACUAGGUCGUAAUAAGUCACAUUUUUUGGUAAGGCACUUUUUGAAUAUUCAUGCUGCAUCCAUUGAUACGGGUCGUAACCAAAACAGAAUUUUUUAAUUUUUUCUGCGUAUCUGGCUUUUACGCUAAAAUUAAAUAUUUGAAUACACAUAUCUUAGCAUGAUGUAAAUAUAGAGUGAUGCGUAAUUUUUGUUUCUGUUACGCUAAAAUAAUUAUUUAAACAAAACUUACUCUUGUCGAUCCAUGUUAAUCAUAUGCAGCUGUCACUUUUGCCUGCCCAACAGACUACUAAUACAUAUGCACGCUGCAAGCGCCCUAUUUCGGCCCUUAUGGCGUGUCUAUUGGAAGACGCACUGAAAAACGUUGGGGAUGUUUGUUUACUUGUCUGACAACAAGAGCAGUACAUCUCGAAUUAGCACAAGAUAUGAGCUCAGAUUCCUUUAUUAUAUGUUUCCGAAAUCUACAAUAUCGUAGAGGUAAAGUGCAAGAGUUGUUCAGCGACAAUGGAACUAAUUUCAUUGGAGCAAGAAACGAAUUUGAGAAAAUUCUUAGAAGGCUAUCAGACGACGGGGUCAAAUGGCAUUUUAGUCCUCCCGCUUCACCGCAUUUUGGUGGAGUAUGGGAACGAAUGGUGAGAGAAGUUAAAAGCCUUUUACCUCAUAAACAAGAAACCAUACCAGAGUAUGAACUUAGAACCAUACUAACCGAAGUUGAAUUCCUCAUUAACAAUCGCCCGUUAACGCAUAUUCCUUUAGAUACAGAAGACGAUGAGGUCUUAACCCCUAAUCACUUUCUGUUAGGUUGCGCUGGUGAAGCUGUCGUUACGAUUGAUGACGUUUCCAAUGCAGAAGCAACUCGUCAACACUGGAAAAGAGCGCAAUCAAUUGUUAAGGGAUAUUGGAAUCGGUGGAUAAAAGAAUACCUUCCAACCUUAACUAAAAGAAAUAAAUGGUUGGAGAAGACUAACCCUAUAAAGGUAGGGGAUAUUGUGGUUUUUGCCGAUGAAGAAAAGAAAGGUAAAUGGCAUAAGGGCAAGGUGAUAAGAACAACAACUAAUAUGGAUGGGCAAGUUAGAUCCGCUAUCGUAAAAACAAUUAAAGGUGAAAUUACUAGACCAGCUGUAAAAUUAGCAGUAUUAGAUGUAAGUAAGAACGAUGAAAUCGAGAGCUCAAAAGAUACCACUAUUUCCUCAUCACCUCUUAACUUUGUUGGAGUAAUUAAAAGUGCCCCAGGGAGUAAAGAGGAAAUUAAGGAACCACGAAAUAUUCAAGAAUGGGGAGUAAGAAAAACGGUUAACAUCGAGCAUGUAAAAGAAUUGGCGUCAAAAUUGAAACCAAAGCCACAAACAAAAAAGAAAGUCAUAGGUAAAAUAAGAUCAUAUACCGGCACGAUACAAAAGGCUAUCGUAACCGCAAUGGCAAUUCUAGCAUUGGUGAAUUUGACAAAUGCCGUCAACAUCCAGCCUAUUGAGGAAGGGGGUUUAAUGUUUGAUCAUUUUGGGUCAUGUAUAGUAAAGCGAGGAAUUUGGAGGACAAAUAUUGUAUCCAAUUUAAUUCCUAACGACGAUAUUUCUAUGCUAGACUCUAUUCAUUCGAACCUAGAAAGAACCUUGAAGUUCAUGGGGAAUGUAACUCAAGACAACGCUUUGACAGAACUUGUAAUGUCGAUAGAACGACAAUGUAACCAUGCAAAACAAGAAAUAAAUUUUUUAUCACGAUCAAAGAGGAGUCGUGGAAUACUUGGGUUUUUGAAAGACCUUUUAUUUGGGAGUAAUGAUGUGGAAGACGAAGUACAGUCUUUGCGUAUUCACGAAGAGCUAAAACUUCAUGAUAUCUCACAAACAAUGAGACUAUUGAAUCAAAGAAGCAAAAAUAUGGGAGAUGAAUUAAGCGUACGAAUUCGUAGCCUAAAUGAAGGAAUGUUAUCUUUGAAGGGAAGGUAUUCCGAAGAGAGAACUAAUAUAUUCGCAAGAAAAUGUUUUGAGACCACAACGUUAGCUUUGCAAUUGAUUGAUGGCAUAGCUCGAAAAUACAGGAUAAUUAAGACUCACCCAUUAGCCGAGAAUGAAAUGCAAAAGGCAAUUCAAAAUAUAAAGAAGCAAUUACCAGAAGGAUACUCAAUCCUUAGAGGCCCAUUUUCAGUUAAAUACAACAUUAAAAUUGAAAAUGGAACAGUAAAUAUAAUAAUGGAAAAUGUAAUUAUUAAUAAGGAAAACUUCGAAGUAUUCAAUGUAAUCCCUAUUCCUGAAAAUGGAAGUGUUAUAAAAAUAGAUCACCAUGUAAUAGCAACGAAACGGAGAAACAUGUUAUUUGCAAGUGAUUGAAAAAUCUUGAACGAGAAUUGUGUCUGAAAUUAAUAAAAAGGUAAUAAAAAAAGGUAAUAAAAAGGUAAUAUUUUAGGGUAGAUUAGAAGAUCAAUCAAUGAAUAAUUCUGCAAUUGGACCCAUGAGCAGUGCUAAGUAAGAAAACGUGGAUGUGAUAACGAAAAUAAUUUUGGGCGGGACGAAGUUUGCCGGGUCAGCUAGUAUAGAAUAAAAAAAAUUCUUUCAAAUACAAUCACCUAUACAUUCAAAAUUAAAUAAAAUAUGUUACAUUUUUAAGAACUUCGAAACUCUCCGUAUUUAUCAAUAAACGAAUUGAGCCGUCUGAGAGUGCAGCCCAGUCAAACGUUCAUAAUUUUUUCUCAUAUUCUAAAAACUAUCUCAUGGAUAAUAAUAUCUGUAUAGUUUUUCAUACAGAAUUGCGUGUAAAAUGAAUGCAGUUGUAAAAUAUUAAAAUUAAUGGAACCAUGGAGAUACUUCUCUCAGGAGUAACGACGAAACUUAACAUUUUGUGUUUUUAUGGGUUUUUACGAACUUUCCAAAAAUUCAGGAUAUUGUUCUAUCAACCAAAUUGAAGCUCCCAUUUUUUCUCAAAUUCCGAAAUUCUGAUUUUUGACUCAAAUUCCGAUCACUUCAUUGUAAAAAUUGAAUUUAUUGAACAUCAAUGUUAUUUUGAUACCCAUAAAUGUUGUUAUACAGAAAGGUUUACCGUAAAGAAAAUCGGGGUUUUCAUUAUUCAAUUAUUUAUAACAUUGAUGUUCAAUAAAUAUAAUUUCAAAAUGAAGUGUUCGGAAUUUGAGUCUGUUCGGAAUAUAAGUCAAAACGGUACAGCGUUCCGAAAUCACUCAAAAACCCUUCGACCCUUUACUCCUCAAUCUUUUGUUAAAUGUAAAUCUAUAGAUAUCAGUGCAUGCUUCCUACUUUAUCUUUUCUUUCCUUGAAAUUAUUUUUCAUUAAUAAAAAAUAAUUUAUGUAUGAAAAAUUAUUCCGUUCGUUUGUGUUCGCUCGAAAAGUUUGGUACUGAUGGGGCUCAUAUUAUGACAAAAUAUACAACACACUUCAAUGAUUGUUUUUGCUACUGCCAACACAUCAGGAAGCUUUAUGAUUUCCAGAUGGAAUAAGCACACUUCUGAAAUGAAGCUGUGAACGUAAAUGUACUUUCUAGUAUUGAAAAUGUAUUCUAUGUGAUACCAACAUAUUUUUUAAAAGUGUUUAAAAAAUCGUGAACUAAAAUUGUAUUUGAUAAUGAUUUUAAAUCCAUUGAUUUUUCUUCGAUUGGCGUUACUCAAAAUCAAUAUUUGCAAUUGUGCUGUUUAAAUUCGGAUGCGGAUUGUUCAACUGUAUUUUGCACGUUUCCGUGUUGGGAAACAAGAUAGACUAUAUCUUCGUAGAUAAUACAAAAACAAAGUAUUUCAAGUAUCGAAAAUUCAACUCAUACGAAACAUAUGCUUUUGCUAAUCGUUUCUCUGCCACCUCAAUGUGCCACAGCAAAACGUGACAGGGUACAGUUAGUAACAUUUGAAACAAAUAAACCUGAAUAAAAUUAAAAAAUAAUUUAUGCGCAUUUCAGUUAUUUCAUCAAUUAUUCUAGUAAAAUGUCCAGAAAGCAUUAUCAUCCGGCGAAGAAAAUGUUGUCUGGAUGUGCUCCGUUUCGUUUGGCCGAUAUUAAUAUGUUCGUGUUCGUCACCCGCUCGAUUUCUUGUCGCGACAUGUUUUUCCAUUGCACGUGUGUUAUGGAAUGAGGAUAAAA